GAUCCUGCCCGACCCUCCGCCCUCCGGGGCCUGAAAGAGACUCGCGGUCCUUACGGUCUGUGUGGAAGCAGAGGCUGUGAACCCGGGGUGAGAGCACUGGGUCCUUGUAGGUCCUUGCAGGUCACGUAGGCGCGUGUCUGGGGAGCGGGAGCGGGCAGUCCUCUUUCCUGGCGGCUGGUGCUGCGAAGUUCCCCACGUCGGCUCCCGCGGCUCAGGAGCAGCAGAAAAUGAACAUAGCUCAGGGACCAGUGUCAUUCAAGGACGUGACUGUGGAGGUCACCCAGGAAGAGUGGCAAUGGAUGGACUCUACCCAGAGGACCCUGUACAGAGAAGUGAUGCUGGAGACCUAUAGCCACCUCAUCUCUGUGGGGUAUUGUGUUAUCAAACCCCAGGUGAUCUUCAAGUUGGAGCAAGGUGAAGAUCCCUGGUCCUUAGAGGAAGAAUUCCUAAACCAGAGAAACCCAGCCUGCUCAUUCCAGUUCACUGUUGCAGGUGGCCGAAGCUUAACCAGGCAGCUUAAGUCACUAAGUGCAGAUGGAAAGAAGAAUGAAGAUGAACUAUGUACACUGGCACCUGAUAAAAUACAGGGUGGAUAUUGCAAAGUUGAUUUUCAUAUAGAAGAGAACCAGGAAAAACAAGAGAAACCUCUGUGGCAAGUAAUAUUCAUUGAUAGAAAAAUAUCGAGUGAAGAAGGACAGAAAAUUUUAGGAAAACCAGUUAAUCUGGAAAUAACUCCAGAUUUUUCAGGGAAAAUGCCUUAUAAAUGUGACUCAUGUAGAAUGAAUUUGCCACUUGUUUCUGACUUAAUUGUUAGUGAUAGGAACUAUUCAAGAAAGAAGACCGAUAAUAUAAAUGUAUGUGAAAAGUUACAGCUUGAUGUUAAACAUGAGAAAACCCAUACUGGAGAGAGGUCUUACAAAUAUAGCAAAAAUGUGAAAGCUCUCAGUCAUAAGAAAGGUCAUCAGAAAUUUCAAACUCUGGAGCAACCUUUUGAAUGUAAUGAAUUUGGAAAAGUUCUACAUGAUAACAUUGCUGUCUGUGUUACUGCUAAGAGUUCUCCCAUAGGACAGGAAUCCUGUAAGGAUGAUGAAUUUGGGAAAAACUGUGAUAAGACAACUCUAUUUAACCACAUAAGAACUGGCACAAGGAAAAAAUGCUUUGAUCUUAAUGACCGUGGCAAAACCACCAUUGUGGAAUACAAUAAAGUUCACAUGGCUUUGACACACAGUGAAUUUAAUGAAAGUGGAAAUAACUUCAACAGGAUUUCACCCCUCAUUCAGCCUCAGGGAACUGUUAGAGGACAGGGUUCUUUUGAAAGCAGUAAAUGUGAAGAAAACUUGAGCCAAAGCUCAGCCCAUCUAGUAUAUCAGAAGAUACAAACUGGUGAUAAACCCUGUGUUUUUAGUGGAUGUACAAGUUCCUCCUACCAGAACUUAGACCUUACAGUACAUCAGAGAACUCAGACAGAAGAGAAAUUCUACCAGUGUUGUAAAUGUGGGAAAUCUUUACAUCAAAACUCACUCCUCAGUGUACACCAGGGAAGUGACACAGUUAAGAAAUCAUUUGAAAGUAAUGAAUGCAGUAAGUUAUUUUACCAGAAAGCACAUAUUUACCAUCAGAGGACCCACUCAGAAGAGAAAACCUAUGAAUGUGAGGAAUGCAGGAAAUCCUUUUGUUCAAAUUCAUACAUUAGUCAUUAUCCUGGUGCUCAUAUGGGGGUGAGUCUCUAUGAAUGUAAUGAAUGUGGGAAAACUUUCUGUCAGAUGUCAAACCUCAGUGAACAUCUGACAGUUCACCAAAAGGAAAAAUUGUAUGAGAACAGUGGAUUUGAGAAGUCUUAUAAGAAGUCUGCACUCUUAGUACUCCAGAGAACAUACGCACAGAUUAAACUCUAUCAAAGUAAUGGAUAUGGGAACUCAUUCUCCAGGAUAGCACAAUACAAAGAAUAUCAGAGAAGUCACACAGAGGAUAAACCAUAUGAAUGCACUGAAUGUGGGAAAACUUUCUCCAAGACACCACAUCUCAGAGCACAUCAGAGAAUUCACACAGGCAAAAAAACCUAUGAAUGUAUGACAUGUGGGAAAAGUUUCUCUAAUAAGACACACUUCAGUGCACAUCAGAGAAUUCAUACAGGGGGGAAACAGUAUGAGCGUAAUGAAUGUGUGAAAACUUUUGCUGAUAAUUCAACCCUCAGGACACAUCAGAGAAUCCACACAGAGGAAAAACCCUAUGAGUGUAACGAAUGUGGGAGGUCUUUUGCCCAUAUAUUUGAUCUCAGAUCACAUCAGAAAAUUCACACAGGAGAGAAACCUUAUGAAUGUAAUGAUUGUGGGAGAUCUUUUGCCCAUAAUUCAGCCCUCAGAGCACAUCAAAGGAUUCACACAGGAGAGAAACCCUAUCAAUGUAAUGGCUGUGAAAAAACUUUCACACAUAAUUCAGCCCUUAGAGCACAUCAGCGAAUUCAUACAGGUGAGAAACCCUAUGGACGUAAUGAAUGUGGGAAAAGUUUCCCCAAGAAAUCAUACUACAGUGGACACGAGAGAGUUCAUAAAGGGGAAAAACCUUAUGAAUGUAAAGAAUGUGGGAAAACCUUUGUUUAUAAAGCAGCCCUCAUAGUCCAUCAAAGAAUUCACACAGGAGAGAAACCCUAUGAAUGUAAUGAGUGUGGGAAAACUUUUUCCCAGAAGACACACCUCAGUACACACCAGAGAAUUCACACAGGUGAGAAACCUUAUGAAUGUAAUUUAUGUGGGAAAACUUUUUCCCAGAAGUCAUACCUCAGUGGGCAUGAGAGAAUUCACAAAGGGGAAAAGCCUUAUGAAUGUAAAGAAUGUGGGAAAACCUUUGUUUAUAAAGCAGCCCUCAUAGUCCAUCAAAGAAUUCACACAGGAGAGAAACCCUAUGAAUGUAAUGAGUGUGGGAAAGCUUUUUCCCAGAAGACACACCUCUGUGCACAUCAGAGAAUUCACACAGGUGAAAAACCUUAUGAAUGUAAUGAAUGUGGGAAGGCUUUUGGAGAUAAUUCAGCCUUCAGGGCACAUCAGAGAAUUCACACAGGGGAGAAGCCUUACAAAUGUAAUGAAUGUGGGAAAACUUUCUCCAAGACCUCACACCUCAGAGCACAUCAGAGGACUCGUGCAGGGGAGAAACCCUAUGAAUGUAAUGACUGUGGGAAAACUUUCUCCCAGAAGUCAUAUGUUAAUGCACAUCAGAGAAUUCAUACAGGGGAGAAACCCUAUGAAUGCAGUAUAUGUGGGAAACCUUUUACCCAUAAUUCGACACUCAGAGUACAUCAGAGAAUUCACACAGGUGUAAAAUCCUAUGAGUGUAAAGAAUGUGAGAAAACUUUCUUCCAGAAGUCGCACCUUAUUGCACACCAGAGAAUUCACACAGGGGAGAAACCUUAUAAGUGUAAUGAAUGUGGGAAAGCUUUUGCCCAAAAUUCAACUCUCAGAAUACACCAGAGAAUUCACACAGGGGAGAAACCAUAUGAAUGUGAUGAAUGUGGGAAAACUUUUGUCCGGAAGGCAGCCCUUCAGGUACAUCACAACAGAAUACACACCAGAGAUAAAACUUUCGUGUCAUGAAUUUGGGAAGUCCUAAAGAAGCCUAUUCAUUAUUAGGUAACACAGUGGAUAAGUUCAUGUCACAUAGACUGCAAAUUUUGUCUUUUUUUUUAAAUUUUAUUUUUCUAGUAGGCACAAGCUUGUCUAAAUUCUCUUUUUGUCCUUCAUCUGGGUGGGGCUGGUCAUGAAAUAACACUAUUAAAUUUCAGCUAAAUUUGGCUUUAAAGAGUCACCUUACAUUCCUCCUAUUCUGUGUUAAUACUGUAGUGGGGAAAUUUCCAUGGCAGACUUGGGUGCUCUGAAUAGAGCACAGAGAGAAAGAAGUUAGAAUCUGAAUAACUGAAACAAUUCUCCACUAACAGGAAAGACCUCUUUCCCAGUUUUGUUUUGUUUUUUUUUUAACAGGAAUUUAAUUUGUACUAUGUUGAGUUCUUACAGAUUUUGGUCUACUGGUUAAGUCAUACAGUUUAGCAAACUCUAUUAGAGGGGUGAAACCUGUCAACCCAGGGUUGUUAGUAUCAAUUUAGUGCAACAGCAAUCCUCAAUUUGGGAUGUGGUGAAGAAGGAAACUUUAUUCAGUGCAAGUGAUAAUACAAUGUGGCUGUGAAGACAACACUGCUGUGGAACAGCUCAGUUGUGCAGCAGCACAGCUGUGAAAAUAGCCUGGCUGUGAGGCUGCCAUGGGGCCAGGCCCUUCUUUGGCUAGGCAGCUCCAGUCUGCCCCCCACAGUGGUCUGCUGAUCUGUUCUGCUUUGCUCCACUCCAUGCCAACCUUCUCCACUUUGCACCAGGGAGAUAUCUUUGAUGUUUCAGCCUUAGCCAUGAAAUACGGUCUUCAUUCUUUGGUGGAAAGUAUGCUCUCUAAGCCAGAGGGAAGCUGGCUUAUAUGGGCAUAAGUUUCUGCCCCUGGUCCCUCAUUGGUCCUCAUGCAAAUGAGUCCAGAUACAGUUUGGUACAAAGGCACUGUCCUAUUGGGCAGAAUAGAGCUGUUCUCAUUGAAUAGGGAAAGCCUCAGCCCUAUUAGUUGAAAUAGGAUUUUAGGAAACCUUUGUAAGUGUUUGCUCAGAUGGCAGAAACACAGUGUAGGCAGGCAGUUCAAUGCAGAGGCUUCUCCAUGCAGUGUAGUGUGGGAGACCACUGGGCAGAAAUGGCUGCUAGACUCUACUGUUUAUUUUUACUUUAUUUGUUUAUUGGAAUCUCGUUCUUUUGCCCUUCCUGGGUUCACUAACAAUAUUAAAUAUAAUGAAUAUUAGAAGACCUAUCGGGAUUGAACCAGUACAUCAGAGACAUCAUUCACAUGAUGAAGGCAACUUCUGUCAAUGUCCUAAAGGAGCUGAUGACCAUAAAAGAGAGAAAUCUCAGGGAAAUCCACAAAAGCCUUUACUUCCAAGUGAACUUCAUCAAACAUCAAAUAAUAUUAUACUAAAAUAUAUUUUGAUAAAUGACAUUUUAAUACAUUGAAUUUGUAUCAGAUAAUUAUUUUCUAAGGAAAUGUAUCAGUUUCAGAAUUUUAGGUAAAAUCUUCAACCAGAACUGAUGUACUAAAAAUUGUUUAUAGCCCUGGCUGGUGUAGCUCAAUGGAUUGAGCGCAGGCCUGUGAACAAAGGAUCAUGGUUCAAUUCCCAGUCAGGGCACAUGCCUGGGUUACAGGCCAGUUCCCAGUGGGGGACACACGAGGCAACCACACAUUGAUAUUUCCCUCUCUCCGUCCCUUCCCCUCUCUCUGAAAAUAAAUAAAUAAAACAUUAAAAAAAGAAAAAAACUUGUUUAUAAGUUUUAUAGAAAAUAUAUGGGUGUAUACACAAACUCAUUGUAGAAAUUUUAAAGAUGGAAGAAUAACUUGAAUUGUGUAGACAACACCAAUAAAUUUUUGUGACUAGUUUCUGAGCUAUGUGGUACCCAUGUGAGUAUGUAACAGUAGAAGGCAGUUUCCAAGCCUGCUAUGACCUGUUCACUUUUUGAGUGACCAUUGACAUGCUGCUUCUGUUGGCUUCUCUCAGCUUGAUGAUGUUAAAUUUUUGCCUAUCUGGUAUGUCUGAAUAUCGGUCUGGCCCUGUUUUUCUAGGACCAUAAGAUUUCCCAAGGAUUCUUUGUGUAUGUGUGGUGAAUGUUGAUGCUUAUAUGCUCUUUUUGACUUCAUUUUAUGCUGUUUUAGUGGUUCAUUUUGCACUAACUAUAAAUCAAGUCUUAUCUCUCUUGUAUGUCUGUACCCUGAGCAUCCUGUAUAGGAUCUUUUCCCAACCCCAUGAUCCUGCAGCAUUGCAAACUAGUGAAUUUCUAUCCUGCAUGGAAAGCAGAUUUUAGAGUUGGAAUGAAGUCAGGGCUACUUUCCUAUCAGGAGCAUCACAUUGGUAUUAGAAAAAGAAAAAUUCUUUGGGGAAGCAGUAUAGUGUAGUCUCAGCCAACAUAAUAUUUGGAAAAUCUACCAUAAUUUUAGGCUACAUGAUUUGGUCAGCAUAGAGAAGGAAGUAAGUGAGAUUCUUAUUUUUAAAACUUGGAACACUAAAAAUUUCAACUGGGCAUGUUGCUUUCUGAAAGUGCAAUCUGGUAGAUUGAGUAUGUGGACAACAAAUUAGUUGAUUACCUAAGUAAAUCCUCUGUUCCCUAUCUUAUAUUGAUACUGUGUGAAGGAAAUUAAUGGUAUGUUUCCAGCAUAGAUCGGAGAACAGAUAUUUCUUUGAUACAGGCUUAUUGCUUACCUUAGUGGCAUUACUGCCACAGAAAAGGGCCAGGUCACCAUUAGGUAAGGCUAUAUCAUAGUACUACUAGGGCUAUCACACCAGAGAUUUGAUCAGUACUUCUGGUGGCAGGAGAGUUAUAAAAGCUAAAAGAAUGUGCUUGCCUCUCCCUAGCCUGACACUUUGAUUUAAUGUAAACUUAAUUGCAUGGUGCCAAAAGGGAAAUGAGUGAAAAGACAUCUCUUUUCUACAUGCUUGAUUUUUUAAAAAAACUAUUGAUUUAUAGAAUGCUAGUGGAAAUUAUCUAACCUGGAGAACUUUAUGUUUUAAAAAAGUUAACUUCAGUCUAAAAUGGUUGUAGAUUUAAAGAAAAGCUAAAACAAUAAUUCCUAUAUAUUCCUGACACAGUUCCCCUUGUUAAUAUCUUUUGUUACUCUGGUACAUUUGUCAUAAAUGGAUGCGGACUUUGUCCAGUGGGGUGUUUAUGUUGUGGAUGCAAUGGACAAAUUCAUACGGACUACAGAAGUCCUGUGGAGAAAAAGGGAUGGCAGGGCUACUCUCAGGGCGCCUCGACCCUUGCCUGGACAGGCUUUUAUUGCUUUCUAAUAGCAUACAGUAAAGAAGGUUUUCAUUAUGUUCAGGUUUGCUUUAGGUGAUUACUUUUACAGAUAACAAAGGAAAGGAUGUUACUGAUUAUUUCUUACAGAUUAAGAAGGAAAAAAUGUUGCAAAUGCAAAGGAACGAUGAGUGAUUGGUCUGGUUACACUCUGUCCUUGUGAGAAUAAGCACAGACUUUAGGAAGUUACUUUACAUAGUAAACAUUUACUGCUU